GAGCCCUUGUGGUGAUUGCAGAGGGGGAAAGGGUUCUCAGUCAGGAACAUCUUGCUGGACAAAACCUUGCUGGUUAUCUACUCAUCUACAACAACCAACGGGGACGCAGCACGGGCGCACAAUUCGGGGAGCCUUAAUUCCCUUUAGGAUUCGGACAGAAGCGGAUGAUUUUCUGAAUGUAUGAAUUCUAAAGAGCGGACUCUACACAAGUGGUCAGAGUUGACUUUCUUUUUAGCUCGAUCACUCUUAACUGAAGGUUUAUUUUUGCAUGCCAGCAAAAACACAAGACCCGUUGUUGGAGAACGCGUUUAACGAUGAAUGAGUGGAGUUAUUAAACCCCAAAUUAGGCAGCACUUGGAAGUUUGGAACUAUUUAAUUGACUUUUGCACUCAACGUUUGUGCACUCUCAGAAGUUGGAGAUACUUUCCCCCCCUCCUAAUUAACUGUGCUUUGACUUUUCAGUGAAUACAUUUUUCUGUUCAGUGGACUGGAUGUUAAUGUUCUCACUUCUAAAAAUGACUUCAGCCACUGUGGUGCUGGUAAUUGUGUGCGCUUUCUCGGUGCGCUGCAACUCAGUGCCAGAGACUCAGAACUCGGCCGGUGAGUCGUGCGCGUCGUGCGGCUUCAAAGCACCGGAUCAGUCCGAGCGAGUGGACGUUGACUUUUUGGAGGCGGUCAAGAGACACAUAUUGAACAGAUUGCAGAUGAGGGAGCGACCCAACAUCACGCAUCCCAUCCCGAAAGCUGCGAUGGUGACAGCGCUGAGGAGGCUGCACGCCGGCAAAGUGCGAGAGGACGGCCGAGUGGAGAUCCCCAAUUUUGAUGGACACGCGUCUUUUAACAACGAGGUUCAAACGGAGACCUCGGAAAUUAUCAGCUUCGCAGAAACUGAUGAAAACACAUCCUCAAAGUCCAGCAUAUACUUCCUGAUUUCCAAUGAAGGCAACCAGAACCUGUAUGUGUCACAGGCAAACUUAUGGCUGUACUUCCGGGUGUUGCCAGCUGGUUUUGAGAAAGGCCUACGAAGGAAGGUGACAGUGAAGAUCCACUACCAGGAAGCUGGAUCUCUGAGCAGUGUGGAAGGUGUGCCAGGAGGAGGAGGCGGUGGAGGGCGCUGGGCCUUGGUGGAAAAGCGUGUUGAGCUGAAACGUAGUGGCUGGCAUACUUUCCCCCUCUUAGAAGCAGUGCGGGCAGUGUUUGGCAAAGGUAGCCGACGACAGGACCUGGAGGUCCACUGUGAAGGAUGCGAGAUGGCUGGAGUGGCUCCAGUGUUGGUGGACCCAGGUGACCCCUCUCACCGGCCGUUUCUGGUGGUCCGUGCCAGACAAGUGGACGGAAAGCACCGCAUUCGCAAGCGAGGGCUGGAGUGCGACGGCACCAGCGGGGGCCUGUGCUGCCGGCAGCAGUUUUACAUCGACUUUCGUCUUAUUGACUGGAAUGAUUGGAUCAUUGCACCUGCAGGCUAUUACGGAAACUACUGUGAGGGCAGUUGCCCAGCUUACAUGGCUGGCGUGCCAGGAUCAGCUUCUUCCUUCCACACAGCAGUAGUAAACCAGUACCGUAUGAGAGGAAUCAGCCCAGGUUCGGUCAACUCCUGCUGCAUCCCCACCAAACUGAGUACUAUGUCCAUGCUUUACUUUGAUGAUGAGUACAACAUUGUCAAGAGAGACGUACCCAACAUGAUUGUGGAGGAGUGUGGCUGUGCUUGAGUUUCUUCGAGCUAUCGGAAAAGCCUUUUGUACAAACAGAACCAUUUGCACAGUAUACAAAUACUGUACAAGAAAUCUAUUACUACUGUAAGUGCGGGCAAGACACACUGUAGUAAAUAAUCUAGUAACGAAAUGUGCGGAGGUUUGAUUGCACAUGUUCAUAUGAGUGUAUGUAUUUAUCAGACUGAGUGAUAUGCCUGCUGUCUGAGUUUCAACUUGACAGCAUUGGGAAGCGAAGGGAAUGAAGAUCACCAAAUGGUACUUUGCUCUAUUUCGCCAUUUUUACUUAAAUGCAAUGGCCGAGCACCGCCGAUAGAAAGAAGAUAAUAAAGUGACAAGAUGAGCCAAUGACUUUAUUGGCGUUGUCCCCAGUCUCCCUAACUUGUUCCUCAGGCCCCUAAGUACUUUGAGCACAUGGUGGACUUUUAAAAAAAUAUAUUUUAAAAGCACUGACAAUUCAUCAGCUUACACAAUUCAGAACACAAGCACUUCACUAGAACGCCGACAGACAUAGUCUGACUGUCCUCUGGUGGAAUUAGACCAGCAGCGCUUAACGCCUCACAGGAUUAUUCCCUCUGCACUGCAACGGCCUUGAACCUCAUCUUCCUGCCUAACGAGAGAGCUGCAGUCCCUGUAACCAUGAGAUGAUCCGGACUAGACAGAUCUCAGAAGUGCGCUUCACUUGUGCACUGGGACUGAUUGGGACAGAAGUCACUCUGCCCAUGAAGGCUUUGUAGAAGCGGGCACGUGGACACAGAGACGCUCGUUUUGGUGAGUGGCCACAGUGCAGCGCAGCACUUGGAGGAACAGAAAUGCACACCUUGAUUAGCACUUGUAUAAAGAAUUGCCUUCCAAGGGGUACUGAGUGUCCUGUCAUAUCACUAAAUAAGUGCCACAUGAGCUAUGCAAUGUAUAGUAAACUAUACUCCUACUACAUGUCCUGUUAGACUGAAUCAUAGACUUCAUUGUGAUAUUGACGGGACACGGGCCGAUUAAUAGGGCGUAGCCGUCAAAGCUGACCGAGUGGAAUCACAGACAAAGAGCUUUUUUUGUUGGAAAUUCUUCUGAAUAAAUGCUUAAAUCCCUGAAUUCUUUAUAGAUAUGGACGUAAAACAGUCUCGAUUUUUGGUUAAAAGCAAAAAAAAAACAAAACGUGCAGUUAGCAUUUAUUUUACGUAAAUAUGUCGAAGUACGAUGCUAGUCCAUCAGUCAAUGUGGUGGCUGCCAUAUGUAAACAGAGCUUUGAAAAUUCUUGUGAAUACAUGCUUAAAUCCUUGAAUUCUUUAUACUAGUAGAUAUGGACGUAAAACAGUCUCGAUUCUUGGUUAAAAGCAAAAAAAACGUGCAGUUAGCAUCAGUGUUGUUAAUCUUACUGAAAAAAAGUAAUUAAUUAUAGUUACAAAUUACUUCCCCCAAAAAGUAAUUGCGUUAGUAACUCAAUUACCUGAAUGUAAGAGUAAUUAGUUACUUGGCAAAGUAAUUGGUGAUAAUUACUUUUUUUUUUUUCCUCAAAAAAACAAAACAAAACAAAACA